AUGGAAACAUGGAGUGGAAAUGGAUCUUUCAAAUGGCAUUGGUCUAGUCAGCCUAAGUCAGAUGAGGAACUUAAGGAAUGGAAGGAAUGUUGCGAGGUGCUCAAUAGUGUGAGACUUUCCAACGGUAAGGAUGCUUGGAUAUGGAAGGAUGAUAGGCAGAUCGGUUUCUCGGUGAAGGAGGUUAAAUCGGCUUUGAUUAAUGAUAGAGGUAGUGGGCACCCUCCAAAUUUUGUUUCGUGCAAGUGGGUCCCCAUUAAGUGCAACAUUAUGAAUUGGAGAGGCAAUCUGGAUAGGCUUCCUACUAGAAUAAAUUUAAGAAAAAGGAAUGUGGACAUAUCAUCGGUUAUGUGCCCUUUUGUGACGAGGUCGAGGAAUCGGUUGAGCAUUUGA